UAUCCUGACCUACUGAGAGGAGGGGCUUAAUGACAAAAGAUAUUUCCCUUGCAGUUUGACACCUGCUCUCUGAACAGCUGCCAUUGCAUAUGGAAUAUUACUGACACCUUCGAUUAUAAACAGGACUCGCAAAAUAGAGUUGUGAUUUCAGGAGGUCCAGAUUAAUGGACAGAAAAAGCACAGACUGGAACCUAGACUUCUGUAAAACAGAUAAUUCCAACCUUUCUAAAACAGGCAUACUCCAUGGACAGACGAUGAAUGGUACAUGCACUAUUUUAAUUUGCAACAGAAAUCCUAAGCUGGAGUGGUACUGUUAUUUGCUGUUUCUGGUUUGCCUUUUCUCUUUAUUAACAGGAUUUCUAGGCAAUAUACUUGCACUACGACAUUAUGUUUACUGCAUGAAGACAUGGACGACCAAUACCAUAUUUCUCUUUAAUUUGGCACUUUGUGACUUUACUUGGACUCUCAUGGCACCUUUUUCAGUAUAUUAUAAUAUCGAGAAGUUAUCUGUAUAUUUCAGUCAAGCAUUUUAUCAGAUCAUAAGACUAUUUUUUAGUAUUAAUGUCUAUGGAAGUGUCUAUUUCCUGGCACUCAUCAGUUUUGACAGAUACAUAGGUGCUGUCCAUCCUAUCACUUCAUUAACAUGGUGGGGCAAAGGAAAGGCUGUGUUUUGCACUAUUGGGGUAUGGAUCUUCAUAGUGAUUGCAUCAAUGCCUGACAUCUACUACACAGUUGCUGCUAGAAGACACCCUGACAUCAUAAAUGACCUGGAUGCCACUGAAGGAUCUUUACACUUUGUAGUGCCAUUCUUGCUCUCCAAGAUUCUAUUGAGAUUCCUAAUUCCAGCCACAAUCAUCUUUACAUGCUAUAUGUUGACUCUCAAAGCACUACUACGACUCAGUAAACGUCAGCAAAGAAGGAACAGACUUGUUAGGCCUCUGUUGCUGAUUUCAGCUGCUAUGAUUGUAUUUGCUGUUUCUUUCAUACCUUACCAUGUUAUGAUGGCGGUAAUACUAAUUUACAGAAUUAAUUGUAAACCACUCUGUGGGAACAUAAGCACAUUAAAUGCUAUUUACAAAGUCACAGAGAUCAUCUGCAGCAUCAACAGCUGUCUUGAUCCAAUCAUUUUUACGGUAGCAAAUAAGACAUUCUAUCAAAGAACUAAAAGUAUAAAAUGUCAUCUCGAAUGCCAGUGCUGCAGUUGCCUGACAAGAAAAGUAAGGGACAUCACUCUGGCCCCGAGAACAAUGACGUAAACACUAGUCUACAAAGAUUCACAUCUCCAAUUGCUUUGUGUCAUCAGAUCCAUUUAAAAUUUUUUCUAUAUUGUACAGCUAUCUCUUGAAUAAGCAAUAAUACACAUAAAUGCAAAGUAAAACUUAACAUGAAGAGAAACAGUAGCAACUUCUGCCUUUACAGAACUGGCAUUUUAAAUAUUCGUGCUAUAAAUAUACCGUACACGCAGCAUGUACCAAAAGUUCUAAAUAGCUCCUUUAAUUCUUGGACAGAAAAAUACAGUAAGAUUAAGUGCAGAUAGUGAUGAGGAGCCUCCUUAUAGUUUCUGUUAAUUAUUUUUUCAUCAGUUUGUAAGGGCUGCUGUGAUUGGAUUGUGCAAUUAAUAACUAUCAUGAUGCUUACAGAUGGACUUCUCGAACAUUUUCAGAGAGGCUUUCUAAAAGUACUUCAUUUUAAUGCUGCUUGCACUAGAGUUCCACUGCCAGUGGAACCUCAUUAACUCAGUAAAGUGCAGCAGAUUUCCAAAAACAAACAAACAAAAACCAAAUAGUAAGAUAAAGUCCCUGCGGAUAGUCAGAGACACAGUAAUUCUGUUCACAAAGUAAAUAGGCAUGGAUUAAAGAGCUUUGCUAAGCCUUCCCCGAGGCAGCAAGGCUUCCCAACUGAUAGGGGUAUCCCCCAAAUCCUAGGCAACUACAGCUGUUUGUCAUUAGUGUUCUGCUUCAGGGGAGCAUGUGUUCUGCCAUGAACUCUGAUUUCCUCAACAGUGAGAAGUGUGCACUGGAAAAGUGUUCUGAAAUACAAAAGUGGCUGAGCCACAAGAAGGGUAAGACAUGCUGCUAUACAGGAGUGCUUCUUCUGUUCCUUUGGUGUCUUAGCAUCACAGUUUCAGGACAGUCUAAGGUAAUUAGACUACAAUGCAUUUUAAUCAUUAAACCAGCACAACAGAUAGUUAUCACAACAUCCACCUUCAAGAGUCAUUAUAUAUGUGUUCUUUCAUCAUAUUAUAUGGGCAAAAUAAUCAUGUUCCAAUGAUCAGCCACCUGCUGACUUGUCUUCUAGCCAAGUUCCACAUAUUACUCUGUUAAUUAUAAAAGCCCAUGUAUCAGUGAGCACAUUACCUUUACUUUCAGAAGGUACUCGUGACAAAGUAUAUUUUAAUAUACUUUGUACAGUGUCUUAAUUCUUUAAUUAUUUAGUUUUAAUAUAAUUUUGUCUUCACAUGUCUCUAUUUGAAAAUAUUUCUAUUUUACAUGGGUACUGAAUCUCUCUUGUUGUAUGUUUCAAUUGUAUUGACUAAAUAUAUAUGUAUGUAUAAAAUCUAGAAAAACUAUACUUUUUAAUUUUCUUCAACUGUGACAUG